CGUUUCCCAGGCUAGGGUUUAUGGCCGGGAGCUUCCUGGCUAUGGCGCAUCGCAAUUGCAAUCUCGUCCCGGCGGGGGUCUAGGCCUGUGAGGUAAGCCGAUGGAUGUGGAUGUGGAAUUAGACAGCGACAAUAGCAGCAGCUUGGGGAGCUAUGGCGACGCCGAUGCUGGAUUCCAAUUCGAGGCACACAACACCACGGCUCCAAAUCUAUCGCUCUUUGGAUUCGACGCGUCGGUGUUCCAGCGCCUGGAAAUGCUCGGGCCUUGCAGUGUGGUUGUCACGGACGCGCUGGAUGUCGAUUUCCCGAUAAUCUACGUGAACAACAUUUUCGAGUUUAUCACUGGUUACAAAGCCGAGGAAGUUCUUGGAAGAAACUGCCGGUUUCUCCAGUUUAGAGGUCCUUUCGCGCAAAGAAGGCAUCCUCUCGUCGACUCCGCGACUGUGACCGAGAUAAGGCGAUGCGUGGGAGAAGGCAUCGAAUUCUGGGGGGAGCUUCUCAACUUCCGCAAAGAUGGAACCCCGCUGAUGAACAAGCUCUGCCUCAAACCGAUACGUGGGGAAGAUGGAAGGAUCACUCACAUCAUCGGGAUACAAUCCUUCUCGGAAGUAAAGCUCGACCUCGGCCCUCUUCCGCCACCUCUCUGGAGAAACCAGUCCUCGCAACAUUGGCUCGUAAGAAGGCAUUUGCUCGACGAUGGCUACUCGUACGCCUCGUCGCCAGUCGGCCCGGGACAGUCUUCCAAAGACAGGUGUGGGAUCUUGAGACUCAGCGACGAGGUCCUGGUACAGAAAAUCCUCGCGCAGCUCACUCCAAGGGACGUCUCCUCGGUCGCUCUGGUGUGCCGGCGAUUCAACGAGAUGACCAAGAACACCGACUUGUGGAGGCUGGUUUGCCGCAAUGCCUGGGGCCGAGAGACGACCGCGGUGCUCGAGCGAGUCCACAAUCCAAGAAGCAUAGACUGGGGAAAGCUGGCCAGGGAGCUGACGACGCUGGAAGCCGCAGCGUGGAGGAAGCUCAAAGUUGGCGGGGCGGUGGAGCCAUCGCGGUGUAACUUCAGCGCUUGCGCGGUCGGGAACAAGGUGGUACUGUUCGGAGGCGAAGGCGUCAACAUGCAGCCGAUGAACGACACCUUCGUGCUCGACUUGAGCGCUGCUUGUCCCGAGUGGCGGCACGUCGACGUUGGCUCGGCUCCUCCGGGGAGAUGGGGACACACACUCUCGUGCCUCAAUGGAUCCUGGCUGGUGGUCUUCGGCGGAUGCGGCAGGCAGGGACUCCUCAACGAUGUGUUCGUGCUCGACUUGGACGCCAAGCAGCCGAGCUGGAGAGAAGUAGCCGGAGUCGGGCCCCCGGUUCCUCGUUCGUGGCACAGCUCGUGUACGCUGGAUGGCACGCAGCUGGUCGUGUAUGGCGGAUGUGCCGACUCGGGGGUGCUGCUCAGCGACACUUACAUGCUCGACAUCUCGAAAGAGAAGCCGAUGUGGAGGGAGAUCCCGGUGGCUUGGACGCCACCAUCGCGGCUCGGACACUCUCUCAGUGCCUACGGUGGUCGGAAGAUCCUUCUCUUCGGUGGUCUGGCCAAGAGCGGGCCGCUGAGGUUCCGCUCCAGCGACGCUUUCACGAUCGAUCUUGGAGAGGAGGAGCCGACUUGGAAGUACGUGACAGGGAGCACACUACCAGGUGGAGCAAACAUCGGAGGAACCACGCCGCCGCCGCGGCUGGAUCACGUCGCGGUGACUCUUCCCGGUGGCAGGAUCCUCAUCUUUGGUGGAUCCAUCGCGGGGCUCCACUCGGCGUCGCAGAUCUAUCUGCUGGAUCCCAGCGAGGAGAAGCCGACUUGGAGGAUGCUCAACGUUCCAGGACAGAAGCCAAAGUUUGCGUGGGGGCAUAGCACCUGCUUCGUCGGAGGAACGAGAGCGGUGGUUCUUGGCGGGCACACUGGCGAGGACUGGAUUCUCAACGAGCUCCACGAAUUGUCGCUGUCGUCGACCUCGCAGUGGAUCCGGCGAUUGCAGUGAAAGAUCCUCGAUCAACCGCGAAAUCUCUCGUGUAAAUUUUUCCUAUUGUCUAUACUAUUGAUCGGAUUUUAGGGUUC